AUGUCGUCCCUCAGCCAGUUGAAGGGCACGCAGAGGCUGUCUUGGCCAUGCCGCCUCGAGUUGCCCAGCACGUCGCACCUUCGGCUUAGAACCCGCGGGAUGUCCCUGAUGCCUGCAGCAUUGUCCACUCAGAACUCACUGGAUCAACCUUCUGCAUCUCGCCGGUCACUGGUGAACCUUGGGGUAGACACGGGGCGGGGCCCAUCAGGCCGCCGGCCCUGCAGAGCGCUAAAUCCCGAGUUGGACCGCUGUCACUCACCCCUCACUGUCGCUGCUCCUGCUUACACCCAUCCUGCGCGCUUGAUUUCGGCGUCCGUCCCGACAUCUUUAUCUUCCUCUUCCUCCCGUCAUCCCAAAAUCUACGCGUUUGGACACCUGCGAGAUCGAGCUGCAUCUCCGUUCAUUGCACGGACACUGGGAUCCUACGGCACAAUCUCCCCCAAUAGGUCGUUUGCGACAUCAUCUCCGGCAAUGGUCGCCAACAAGAUCGAUGGCACCGCCAUCGCCAAGCAGAUUCGGGAAUCUAUCGCCAGCGACAUUCUCGAGAAGCAGAAGCUGAACCCUAGGUUCCAGCCGCAGCUGACCAUUAUUCAAGGCACCUACGUGCGCAUGAAGCAAAAGGCUGCAAAGGAGGCAAACGUCGACUGCGAGCUUAUCCAGUUUCCCGAGUCCAUUUCCGAGCCUGAACUUCUUGAUCGCAUCUAUCGCCUCAACGACGACCCCACUGUCCACGGUAUCUUGGUUCAAUUGCCCAUUCCCAAGCACCUCGAUGAGUACGUCAUCACAUCUGCCGUUGCAGACGAGAAGGAUGUCGACGGUUUCGGCACGAGGAACAUUGGCGAGCUCGCCAAAAAGGGCGGCCGCCCCUUCUUCAUCCCCUGCACCCCCAAGGGCGUCAUGGUCCUGUUGCAGGAGGCCGGCGUGGACUUGAAGGGCAAGAACGCUGUCGUGCUUGGACGUAGUGACAUCGUCGGCAGCCCUGUGAGCUACCUCCUCCGUAACGCGGACGCCACUGUCACCGUAUGCCACUCCAAGACCGAGGGCUUGAAGGAGCAUCUCAAGGCUGCUGAUGUUGUCAUUGCGGCCAUUGGCCAGCCCGGCUUUGUCCAAGGCGAUUGGCUCAAGCCCGGUGUUGUCGUUAUCGACGUCGGCACAAACUACAUCCCCGACGCCUCCAAGAAGUCGGGACAGCGCCUCGUCGGAGACGUUGACUACGAGUCGGCUUCCCAAGUUGCUUCUCACAUCACACCGGUCCCUGGCGGUGUUGGUCCCAUGACCGUUGCCAUGCUGCUGUCCAACGUUGUGGACUCUACUGUCAAGUCUUUUGAGAGACAAAAGCAGAGAAAGAUCUCGCCUCUGCCGUUGCAUCUCAAGGAGCCCGUCCCCUCUGAUAUCGAGGUCUCGAGAUCUCAAAACCCCAAGCAGAUCACUCGUCUGGCCAAGGAGGUCGGCAUUGCCUCCCACGAGCUCGAGCCGUACGGUGCCUACAAGGCCAAGGUUGAUCUCAGUCUCUUGAAGCGACUUGACCACCGCCGCAAUGGCAAGUAUGUUGUCGUCACGGGCAUCACUCCCACGCCGCUUGGCGAGGGCAAGUCCACCACCACAAUGGGCAUUGCGCAGGCUCUGGGUGCCCACCUUGGCCGCGUCACUUUCGCAAACGUCCGCCAGCCCAGUCAAGGCCCGACCUUCGGUAUCAAGGGCGGUGCCGCAGGUGGCGGCUACAGCCAGGUCAUUCCCAUGGACGAGUUCAACCUUCAUUUGACUGGAGACAUCCACGCCAUCACCGCGGCGAACAACCUUCUCGCUGCUGCGAUUGAGACCCGCAUGUUCCACGAAAACACUCAGAAGGACGGCCCCCUUUACAAGCGCCUCGUGCCCGCCAAGAACGGCAAGAGGGUGUUUGCGCCUGUCAUGGCGCCUCGCCUCAAGAAGCUUGGCAUCGAAAAGACCAACCCCGACGACCUGACCGAGGAGGAGAUCCGCCGCUUCGCCCGCCUGGAUAUCGAUCCCGAAACCAUCACAUGGAGACGUGUGCUGGACGUCAACGACCGUCACCUGCGGGGUAUCACUGUCGGCGCCGCGCCGACCGAGAAGGGCCACACCCGUGAGACUGGCUUCGACAUCUCGGUUGCCAGCGAGUGCAUGGCCAUUCUUGCUCUCAGCACUGACCUGGCGGAUAUGCGCAGGCGUCUGGGAAGCAUGGUCGUUGCCAGCUCCAGGAGCGGCGACCCUGUCACCUGCGAUGACAUCGGCGCCGGCGGCGCUCUCACUGCCUUGAUGAGGGAUGCCAUCAAGCCCAACCUCAUGCAGACUCUGGAGGGCACUCCCGUGUUCGUCCACGCUGGGCCCUUUGCCAACAUCAGUGUCGGAAACAGCUCCAUCUUGGCCGACAAGAUGGCCCUCAAGAUUGUCGGCACCGAGCCCGAUGAGGAUCACGUUGAGAAGGCUGGUUUCGUCGUUACAGAGGCCGGUUUCGACUUCACCAUGGGUGGAGAGCGUUUCUUCAACAUCAAGUGCCGCGCUUCUGGACUUGUGCCCGACGUCGUUGUCGUCGUCGCCACUGUUCGUGCCCUCAAGGUUCACGGCGGCGGUCCUCCGAUCGCGCCCGGUGCGCCCCUCAAUGCGGUCUACAAGCAGGAGAACGUCGAUAUUCUCCGCGCUGGCUGCGUCAACCUAAAGAAGCACAUUGAGAAUGCCAAGUCGUACGGCAUCCCUGUCGUUGUUGCCAUCAACAAGUUCGUCACGGACACUGACGCUGAAAUCGCCGUCAUCCGCGAGGAAGCCAUCGCCGCUGGUGCCGAGGACGCCAUUCUCUCCAACCACUGGGCCGAGGGCGGCAAGGGCGCCAUCGAGCUGGGCAAGGGCGUCAUCGCCGCCAGCGAGAAGCCCAAGGACUUCAAGCUGCUGUACGAUCUUGAGGGCUCUGUCCAGGAGCGUAUCGAGGCCAUUGGAAAGAAGAUGUAUGGAGCGGCUGCUGUCGAGUUCAGCGAACUCGCUCAGAAGAAGGUCGAUACCUACACCAAGCAGGGCUUCGGGAACCUCCCCAUCUGCGUCGCCAAGACGCAAUAUUCCCUGUCUCACGACCCUGACCUGAAGGGCGCUCCCACUGGCUUCACUGUCCCUAUCCGGGACGUCAGAAUGGCCGCUGGUGCGGGUUAUCUAUACGCUCUCGCCGCCGAUAUCCAGACCAUCCCCGGUCUGCCUACGGCUCCUGGUUACCUGAACGUUGACGUUGACACUGAGACCGGUGAGAUCGAUGGUCUGUUCUAA